AUGAAAUAUCGAUCAACGAGAGGUUCACCAAAACUUUUUUCAUUUUCUGAAACAGUUUUAAUAGGUUUAGCUGAUGAUGGUGGCCUUUUCAUUCCACAAAAAAUUCCCACACUUCCUUUAGAUUGGCGAACAAAAUGGUCAAAAUAUUCUUUUAAUAGUUUAGCUCUUGAAAUUUUUUCGUUAUUUAUACCCGAAAGUGAAAUACCUCGAACUGAUUUAGAGGUAUUAAUUAAUAAAUCCUAUUCAACUUUUAGACAUGAAAAAGUAACCCCAUUAAAAAAAAUUCGAGAAAAUUUAUAUAUAUUAGAAUUAUUUCAUGGACCUACUUUUGCUUUUAAAGAUGUUGCUUUACAAUUUUUAGGCAAUUUAUUUGAAUAUUUGUUAGAGAAAAAAAAUAAAAAUAUUUUGAAAGGUGAAAAGGAAAGAAUAACCGUUCUUGGUGCUACUAGUGGCGAUACUGGAAGUGCUGCGAUCUAUGGAUUAAGAGGCAAAAAGAAUGUUUCAGUUUUUAUUCUUCAUCCUCGAGGAAAAGUUUCUCCCAUUCAAGAGGCACAGAUGACAACAGUUUUAGAUAAGAAUGUUCAUAAUUUAGCAGUCGAAGGAACAUUUGAUGAUUGUCAAGAUGUUGUUAAAAUUCUAUUUUCGGAUGUCCCCUUCAAUAAAAAAAAUCAUUUAGGAGCCGUAAAUUCUAUAAAUUGGGCAAGAAUUUUGGCUCAAACUACAUAUUAUUUUCAUUCAUAUUUUCAACUUUUAUCAUCAUUAAACAUUUCACCAACUUCCACUUCUUCUUCUAAUAUUCAUUUACGAUAUGCUGUUCCAACUGGUAAUUUUGGUGAUAUUUUAGCAGGAUAUUAUGCUAAACGUAUGGGAUUACCUAUUGAGAAAUUAAUUGCAGCCACCAAUCAAAAUGAUAUUUUAGAUAGAUUUUUUAAAACUGGUAGAUAUGAAAAAAUUUCCGAUAAAAAUAAUAUUCACAUCGUACAUGAAACAUUAAGUCCUGCCAUGGAUAUAGUUGUUUCAAGUAAUUUUGAAAGAUUAUUAUGGCAUUUGGCUUAUGAAACAAUCGAUAGUGUUGAUAAUGAUGUUAAAGAUGAAGAAGAUAAUGAUCUUAUGAAAUCAAAUCUUGCAGGAUCAAUUGUAAAUAAUUGGAUGAAAAAUUUAAAAGCCAAGAAUUGUUUUGUUGUUAAUAAAUCUCAACUUGAAUUAUCAUUGCGAGAUUUUAAGAGUACAAGAAUUUCUGAUCAAGAGACAAGGGAUACAAUUAGUCGUUAUUAUUCACCAAAAGAUACUAAAAAUCAAAUUCCUUAUGUUUUGGAUCCUCAUACCGCUGUUGGGGUAGCAGCUUCAGAGAAUCAAGAUGAUAUAUCAGAAAAUACAUAUCAAAUUUGUCUAGCAACUGCACAUCCGGCAAAAUUUUCUAUGGCAGUUGAAGAAUCUUUAAAAGAUUUCAAAGAUUUCAAAUUUGAAGAAAUUUUGCCAAAAGAAUUUGUCGGAUUAUUAGAGAAAGAAAAGAAUAUUGUAUACGUGGAACGUGCGGAUCCUGAAUUGGUUAAAAAAGCUAUUAAAAAAGAAUUAGAAAUUGAACUUUCUAAUUCAUAA